AUGUCAAACUGUCAAAGUUCAGAGUUCAUAGUCGUAUGCAUCCUGUUUGUCAUUCUAGCAGCGGUUCAAGCGGUGCCCAUUCCCCUGUCACAAGCGAAGUCCUACCUGGAACAGUAUGGCUAUCUAACCGCCUCUUCCAAAAGUUUAGACGAUACAAGUAUGCGCGAUGGGAGCAGCUUUGUUCGCGCCCUUAGGGAGUUCCAGGAAUUUAUGGGGCUGGAAGUUACAGGCGAUCUGGAUGCCGAGACCAUGAGAUUUAUGUCCAUGUCACGCUGCGGAGUGCGGGAUCGCCUGGACACUGACAGACUAAAGUUCAAUGUUGGCCCCAAGUGGCCCACCAAAAACUUAACGUACCAUAUCGCAUCGUAUCCCAAAUUCCUCAGGCGGGAGGAUGUGGACGUAGAGAUUGAACGCGCUUUUGCCGUUUGGUCCGAGGUGACCGAUCUGACCUUUACCAAGAAGUCCUCCAAAAAGGUCGACAUCGAGAUCCGUUUCGAGGUAGGAGAUCAUGGUGAUGAUGAUUCCUUCGACGGUAGAGGAAAAAUUUUGGCUCAUGCCUUUUUACCUACCGAUGGCGAUGUCCACUUCGAUGAUGCGGAGCUGUGGACUAUUGGUAUUGGCCCGAAGAAUAGCACAAAUCUCUUCGUGGUGGCCGCCCACGAAUUCGGUCAUUCCCUGGGUCUGCGCCACUCCAAUUAUUAUACCGCCUUGAUGGGACCCUUAUACCGCGAGUACGAUUCCAAUUUCAAGCUGCACGAGGACGAAAAGGCGGGCAUCCAAUCGCUUUACGGCAGUAAGACGACUACCACUCAGCCCAAAGUGCCGCUGGACGACUCAAUUUGCACGAACCCCAAGAUGGACACAGUCUUCCAAUCGGAUCAAGGCGAGACGAUCUUUUUCAAGGGCGACAAGUUCUACAAAGUGACCGAUGGGUCCGUAGUAAGAGGAUACCCCAAACUUAUCUCCGAGCGCUGGCCAGGAUUGCCGAGUAACAUCGAUGCGGCGUUAACCUUGAAUAAAUUUACGAUCUUCUUCAAGGGAAACCUUUUGUGGUGUUACCUGGGUCGCGAAAUGUUGUUCGGUUUCCCACAAUCGAUCAGCUUCAACUUCUAUUUUAUUCCCGAUCAUCUUGACGCAGUGCUGUAUAAGGGCGGUAACGAGAUUUUCUUUUUCAAGGGCAGCCAGUUCUGGGCAUACCCUAAUCCCAAUCAACCGUUGGCCCCAACAAUGAUAUCCCCUGGGAUGAUAAAUCAACACUGGAAGGGUGUUCCCGAUAACCUGGAUGCUGCGUUUAUGGAUUCCUAUGGAUACACGCACUUGUUCAAGGGCGACGAAUACUACCGAAUAGACCCAAUGAAAUUUAAUGUUGACUUGGACCAGGACGCCUACCCCAAACCCAUCGGCCCCAUUUGGCUCGGCUGCAAAAUUCCAUUUUUAAUGGAAUAA